AUGUCAUCAUCAUCUGGAAGAUCCGACCUCACCCUGGGCUACCUCCCUCCCGCACCGCUCAGUCGUUCCAACUCGUCGACGACAAAUAACUCUCCCACAGAAGCAUCCAGCGGGAACGCUCUCCGAUCGCCCUUUGGAUUGGCGGGUGGCUUGAACGCUGCAGGCAAGAUGGCCAACAACUCGCGAUCGGGGGCAGGCUCUCCAUCGCACGACUUGAGUGUCAACAGCAGAUUGUACUCCAAGAGAGCUCGAGAAAUCCAAGCCCAAGAGGGCCUCAUUCCUUGGGGACCUCCGACCAGCGGCAAUUCGACUCCCCUGCGCGAAACCAUCCCAGAGUCUCCAACGGAUGGCUUCCCCGACUUCGAACCACUCCCCGCCCCGGAAUCCCUCCCAGCCACCGCGCGCCGAGCACGAGCUGGCACCGUUCCAUCCCGAUUCUCGCCCGGAGGAGCUACAAAUGGAGCGGGCAGUGUCCCACCUCUGGCGAAGAGCUCGAGACCAGCAGCUCCCACGCAGACUUCGUUCCAGGGACCGUCUCCGGCCUCGGUAGGCGAGAUUCUCGAGAACACCAUCACGGCAAAUAACGCGGCGCUCCUCUCCAGACUUCGUGCCGGAUCCAUGCCACAGCGGAGCCAGUUUUCGAAUGGCCCCGGCCCCUUCGGCCCAUCUGUCUUCUCCACCAACUGGGCAUCUGGCCGAGAGCGCACCUCCACGCUGGCCAGCAUUGCCAGUCAGGGAUCGAACCAGCCCAGUUCUCCUGCCCAGUCAUCGUUCUCCCGAGAAGGGAACGGGGACAAUGACAUGCAGAUGAGAACCCUGGACUAUCUUGGACUGGCCGAUACCCCACAACAGCCGCGUGCUACGCUGGUACACCCGUACUUGGCCAACAUUGCAGAUAUCAACAAGAACAGAUUUCGCUCGUACUCGGUCAACGCCAAAGAAAAAUAUGCCGAGGAGGAGGAGGAAGAGCAGUACGCACAGAUGACUCCAUACGAGGCGCAACAAGCCCAGCUUCAGAUGCAGCUUGCCGCUACCAACGCGGCUAUCCAGGCUCACAACCACGCGGUCCAGGCAUACGCCAACCAGGCGUCUCUGAACCGACCCCGAGCUAGGACUGCGGGUGUCCUCGAUUCCCCGAACUCCAGGCUGUUGAAGAAUUAUUACCCUGUGAGCUCCCGACUGGAGAGCAGCGUCACAGCCUCUGACCUGGCCAUGAACGAGUCUCGGGAGUUCGACGAACUCACGGCUGCGGCAGCUGGCAUCUCCCUGGGUCGAUCAAGCAGCAGGAAUGACCACCUCAACCCAGACGAUAACCUGGAUGGCCCAACCCGCGCUCUGUGGCUCGGAAACAUCCCCGCGUCGACCACCAUGACGACGUUGACGGAGAUGUUCAAGGUCCACGGUUCCAUCGAGAACGUUCGUGUGCUCACCCACAAGAACUGCGGAUUCGUCAACUACCAUCACGUUGAAAGCGCCGCUCAGGCAAAGAACAUGAUGAACGGCACCGAGAUCUUCCCUGGCGCUGGACCGAUCCGCAUCAACUUUGCCAAGCCCCCUUCCCCUACCAGCACGCCUGGCCCCGAUGGCCAGUUCCCAUCUCCGAGCCCGGAUCCUUUCAAGAAGGAGGCCAAUGGUGCCAAUCCCGGCGCUGCUGGUGCCACCUCCCGCCCUGGAACUGCGCCCCUGACCCUCCCCGUCCUGGCAGAGAUGAAGACCGAUAUCCUGAGCAUUGUCGCCCAGUUCGGAGCGGAAGGGAAAGAUAUCCACAAGAUCACGGCCAGCUUGGGCUCUGCGAUUGGUUACGAGGGACACCAACAGGAGAUCCCCCCUAUCCACGAGCCCUCGCACAACCGGGUUCACGAUGCCCCCAAGCUUCGCGAUAUCCGGAAGAGGAUUGACAACCAGAGCUGGUCGCAGCAGGAGAUUGAAAACAUCGCUGCUGACAUGCUGCCUGAGAUUGCCGAGCUCUCUUCCGACUACCUGGGAAACACGGUCGUGCAGAAGCUGUUCGAGCAUUGCACAGAUGAUAUGAGAGACGCCAUGUUGACGGAGAUUGCUCCUCACAUGGCUGAGAUCGGUAUCGACGUCUGCAAGACCCCGAAGCAAAAGAGCAUGAUCAUCAAGAACCUGCAGCCCUACACCGUUCCGCUCUUCCUCGACCAGUACGGCAACUACGUCCUGCAAUGCUGCUUGAAGUUCGGAUCCCCAUUCAACGACUUCAUCUUCGAAUCCAUGCUGAGCCAGAUGUGGGAAAUUGCCCAGGGAAGGUACGGCGCCAGAGCGAUGCGCGCAUGCCUCGAGAGCCACCACUCUACCAGAGACCAACAGCGGAUGCUUGCUGCCGCCAUUGCGCUCCACAGUGUUCAGUUGGCUACUAACCAAAACGGUGCUCUCCUCCUCACCUGGUUCCUGGAUACCUGCAGCUUCCCUAACCGCCGGACCGUGCUGGCGCCUCAGCUCGUGCCUCAGCUCGUUCACCUGUGCACCCACAAGGUCGCCUACCUCACAGUUCUCAAGGUCAUCAACCAGAAGAAUGAACCGGAGGCCCGAGAUCUCAUCCUCAAGGCACUCUUCUUCUCCCAGAAUGACGAGACUCUGGAGGCCAUCCUUGCUGAUCACGCCUGUGGUGCUACUCUGAUCUUCAAGGUCCUCACCACUCCCUUCUUCGACGAGGGUAUGCGACCGGAGGUCGUUGAGAACGUGCGAAAUGUUCUCCAACGUCUCAAGGCUCAACCGGCGCAAGGCUACAAGCGAUUGAUGGAUGAGGUUGGACUCUCCACCAGAAACGCCAGCCAGGGCCCUAGCCGCGACCACGGCUCCACCGAGCGUCAGAGACCGGGCUCGCAGCACAGCCAAGCCAGCAGCCAAAUGCCGCCCCAGCAGUUUAGUAACGGCCAGUUCUUCCCACAGAUGCAGUCCGGCUACGAGAUGGGAAUGAACAUGCAACGUACCGAGAGCAUGGACUCGAACAUGGGACCCUACCCGUCCUAUGGUGUCCAAGCCCAGCUCUUCAACCCCUCGGCUGUCCAGAUCCCACCCAUCAACAUGCAACAAUUACAGUACCAGCAACAAAUCCUGGCCCGCGCCACGCCUCCGAUCAACAGUUUCUACCCUACCAUGCAAGCAGGUUUUGGUUAUGGAACUGGUAGCCCAUCGGUGGACAACUACCGCACCCCAGCUCCGAUCCAGCCUCCGCAGUCACAGAUCGGCGCUAGUCCGAUGCUCGCGGGCAGCACCUUCGCCCCCCCGGGCUUUGGAGGCAUGGGGAUUGGUGCAUACGGGUAUGCUGGGAUGGGUAUGGGAUAUGGCAUACAGCAGGAACAGCAGGUCAACUCCAGACGCGGACGCGUACGUACUUCCACUCCAGGGAAGUAG